AGACGAGCGCGGGUUCGCAUUCCGUCCGUAGGUAAACAAGAUGGCGUCCGGCAGUGGGUCCAGUAAGAAUGACUUCCGCCGGAAGUGGGACAAAGACGAGUAUGAAACCCUCGCUCAGAAACGACUGGCGGAGGAGAGAGACCGAGAGAAGCGAGAUGGGAAAACGGCUCCGCCCGUCAAGCGGGACCUCCUGCGGCACCGAGACUACAAGGUGGACCUGGAGUCCAAGCUGGGAAAGACCAUCGUCAUCACAAAGACCACUCCUCAGGCGGAGAUGGGCGGGUACUACUGUAACGUCUGUGACUGUGUGGUGAAAGACUCCAUCAACUUCCUGGACCACAUCAACGGGAAGAAGCACCAGAGGAACUUGGGAAUGUCGAUGCGGGUCGAGCGCUCGUCUCUGGAUCAGGUGAAGAAGCGUUUCGAGGUGAACAAGAAGAAGAUGGAGGAGAAGCAGAAGGAGUACGACUUCGAGGAGCGCAUGAAGGAGCUGCGGGAGGAGGAGGAGAAGGCGAAGGCCUACAAGAAGGAGAAGCAGAAGGAGAGGAAGCGGCGCGCGGAGGAGGACGUGGACUUGGAGGAGGAGGACGAGAUGGCGGCUGUGAUGGGGUUCUCCGGCUUCGGCUCGUCUAAGAAGAGUCACUGACGCCGUGCAGCUCAACUCCACAGUGAAACCGCCACGCGCCAGGACAGGAAACAGGGUUUUGCUCCGCCCCUUUCAGUCAGCUUGACUUUCAGACCAGGAGACUCUGGACACAGGGAGGAGGAGGAGUCGUCCUGCUGCAGGCUGCGGCCGUUACCCUCAGUCCUGGUUCAGACAUUCAAACUGUAUUCUUCUUUUUAUCUACAGCCAGGCUCUUAUUUUGGUAGUUCCACCCAUCACUGUCAAAGUCAGCAGCUUCCUGUCACAGACGUGAAAAUGAAGGUGAACGUCCUCUAAAUGUGUGUGCAGCAGGGCACAGGUGAGACAGGAAGUAGCUGCUCAGGUGAUGUUUUCAAUUUAAACGUCUGCUGAGUGAAACGUCUGCGAGACGUUCGAGGUCAUGCAGAUAACAUGGAUUUUUUUUCCCAUCACAACACCUUCAACAUUUCUUCUUCACACGCAGAAACAUUUGAACAAGUUAGAACAUAAAGUUUUAUAGAUUCCAGUUCUUGUAAUCACAACCUGCAGUUUGUACAGUUCAAGUACUUUAUUCUGAGUUUCUGAUUUCAAGAACUGAGUUAUAAACAUAAACAGUUUUAACCUGUUAAAUCUUUAUUUUGACAGCAAGAAGACAGAAAAGCUCCAUCAGUCACAGUUUGUUUUUUUGUCGACAUGUCGGAUCGAGUCUUAUUGUGUCAGGAAACACUUUGAAUAAACACACUGUUUUUUCUUUCUAA